UAUUUUCUUAGUUUUUAAUUUAAUAUAUAGGUGAAAUAAUUGUUUUAUGGAUUUUCUCUUUUUUCCGUUCACAGUUUUGCUUAUUUCCCAGCUGAUAGAUACAUAGAUGCUUCUUUUACUUUUGAUCUUUUUAAUAUUUUUAAUUUUUUCCUUGUCUAACGAAUUUUUUUCGAAAUAAAUCGAAAUUAAAAAAUAUCCGUGCCAAAGUUUUUGCGUGAUGCGCCAACCGUCAAUCUUUCAAAUUUUAGAAACCCGCGAAACGCAAAAUGCCAAAAUCGGUCUAAAAAUAAAUGCCAAAUUAAUGCGCACAGCUCUAGACUAGAGGUCGGCGCGGGACGGGAUCCCGACGGGAUUUUCCGGGAUCCCGCUCCCGAAAUCCCGGAUUUUUUUGAUUUUCGGGAUCAUUCGGGAUCCGGGAUUUUUUCGGGAUUUAUCCCUCGGGAUCCCGUCCCGGCAUCGGUUAAAAAAUAAAAUCCCGACUCGGGAUCCCGGGAGUGCGAUUUUGCCGACCUCUACUCUAGACUACAUUACAGGGUGACCCAAAAGUUUAGGACACACUAUUUUUGGCAUAACUUUAUUCAAGCUCAAAUAAAGAUGAAAUCAUGGGGAAUUAAAUAAGGAACAGGAAUUUUUUAAGUUUGGUUCACCCUGUAAAUUCGGAUAUUCCUGAUUUAUAUUUACGGAUAUUUUUAUUAUUUUAUAUUUUUUUUUAUUUUUAAAUUAUUUUCUCCUUUUAUUUCCCCCAUAGUUUUAUUUUUUCUAAAUUAAUUUUUAAACAGUAAAUAAAUGUCAGAAUCUUCUGAAAUUCAUUCAAUUCCAAUAAUAAAUAAUUUAAACAAUUCUGGACAGCCAUUAAUUGUUGGAAUUUCUACGAGUAAAAUACCAAAUUCAUCAGAACAAAAUAAAGAAAUAGUUUCUGUUGAAGUUCAUCGAAUAGUUCCAUUGGCGGAUUUAGAAGAUGAAGAUGAGGAGGAAAGUGAAAUUGAUUUAAAAGUUGAGGAAUUGGUGGAUAGAUUAGAUACGAUUGAUGAACAUGAGGAUGAAGGGAAGGGGGAAGAGGUUGAAGUAGAAGGUGAAGGGAAGGAGGAGGACAGAGGAAAGGAAGGGGAAGAAAGAAGGAAGGAAGGUGAAGAAGGAAGAGGAGUAGUAGAAAGUGAAGAAAGGGAAGAGGAAAGAAGGAAGGAUGAGGAAAGAAGAAUGAAGGAAGAUGAAGAAGGAAGAAGGGAAGAAGAAAGAAGGAUGAAGGAAGAUGAAGAAGGAAGAGAGGAAGAAAAAAGAAGAAAAGAGGAAGAAAUUGAAGAAGAAAGAAGAAAGGAAGAAAUUGAAAAGGAAGAAGAAAGAAGAAUAAAAGACGAAAAGGAAGCACAAAUUGAAGAAAAGAAUGAAGUAAAGUCAAUUAACUGUGAUAUUCCAGUAAUUAAAAUAGCAGAAGAAUCAGAAUUUAAAAUUUCAGAAAAUAAAAUAUCAGAAGAGAGAGUAGAGAAAAAAGGAGAGACAGAACGGGGAGAAAAAGAAGGAGGGGAAACAGAAGGAGGAGGGGAAAAAGGGGAAGAUUUGAUUCUAAUAAAAGAAUUUAAUAAUAAAACAAAUAAAUUUGAAACAACAAAAACUUUAAAUGAAUAUUUUAAAUUUAACAGAGAAGAUAAGGGAGGAGAUAAAAAUGUUGUAGAGAACAAAAUAGCUGAUGAAAUGAUUUCUGAAAUGUUUAGUAAAAUAAAUGGAGGAGAAGAAGAGAAUUUAAGUAAUUUAACAAUAGAAAUGGAAAUAAAAAAUUCUGACAGAUUAUCUUCAUUUUUAAUAGAAAGAGUGAUUUUAGAAAAUAAUAAUGUUUAUAUUGAACCUUUUAUUGAAGAUGUGAGUCAACAAACAUGUUCUGAUUUUAAUAAAUUUGAAGAAUUAAUGGGAAAAGAGAAGGACAGAGAAGAAAUAGUGGAGGAAAGAGAUUUUAAAAAUAUAUCAGAAUUUAAUAAUUCUGAAAUCAGAAUAAAAGAACAAAAGGGAAGGGAAGAGGAAGGAAAAGAAAAACCAGAAUUUAAACAAUACAAAAUAGAACCAGAAUUUAAUAAUUCUGAAAUCAGAAUAAGAGAACAGAAAGAAAGGGAAGAGGAAGGAAAAGAAAAACCAGAAUUUAAAAAUUCUGAAAUCAGAACUAAAGAACAAAAGGAAAGGGAAGAGGAAGAGAAAGAAAAAUCAGAAUUUAAAAAUUCUGAAAUCAGAAUUAAAGAACAGAAGGAAAGGGAAGAGAAGGAACCAGAAAAACCAGAAUUUAAUAAUUCUGAAAUCAGAAUAAAAGAGCAAAGGACAUUAGAGUCUUGUUUUGAUUCUAUUUAUGGAUUUAACAAUGAUCAAAAACCAGAACAAAUAAUUUUCCCAGAAAAAGAAAAAAAUAUAAAAAUAAAUAUUGUUAAAAAUGACGACCAAAAUAAUAAUGUUAAAAUAGAAAAUAAAAAGAAUAAUAUAAAAGCAGCAGAAAUUGAACUUUGUAAAAUGGUAGAGGAAUUAAAAGCUUUACAACAAAUGGAAGAAGAAUCAGAAUUUAUUAAAAAUUCUGAAAAUAAAAUAAAAGAGCAGAAAGAAACGAGAGACAGAGAGAAAGCAAAAUCAGAAUUUUUAGACAAUAAAAUAAAAUCAGAAUUUAAAAAUUCUGAAAUUAAAGUGAAAGAGGCAGAGAAUGGUUUUAUAAAAACAGAAGAAACAACAGAAGAAACAACAGAAAUGGCUAGAGAAAAAAAUCAGAAUAAUUUAAUAAAAAUAAUUCCAAUAGAAAAAGAAGCAGAAAAUAACUAUAAAAAUCAGAAUAAAUUUAAUUCAACAACAAAUAUUAUUCCAAUAAAAAUAGAAACAAAACAAGAAGCUUCUAAAUUUUAUCAAUUUCCGUUUGCUUCAGCUUUUAAUAAUAAUAAAAAUAUUUAUUUAUCUUCUACAUUGCCUAAAACUACAAAACAGCCUCCUCAUCCCCCUCCCGGUCAACACUCCCCUUUUGGUUAUUUUAAUAAUCAAAAGGAGGAGGGGGAAGAAGAAGAUUUUAGAUUAUCCCCCAAAACACUUUGUCGAAUUAAAAAAUUAAAUAUUAUAAUGAAUACUGAACAAGGAUCAUUUAAUAAUGGGUGUAAUGGUGAAGUAAUUAAUGGAGAGGGGAAAGACUCUGCCGAUGUAAUUCAUCAUCAUCCAAUUUUUGUAAAAGAUACUAGUCGUUUUUGGUAUAAACCAAAAAUUAGUAGAGAAGAAGCAAUUUCAAUGCUUAAAAAUAAACCUCCAGGAACUUUUGUUGUCCGUGACAGUAAUUCUUUUCCGGGCGCUUUUGGUUUGGCAUUAAAAGUAGCCCAGCCACCUGCUGGGGUUGUGCCAGCUGAUGGCAGUGAAUUAGUCAGACAUUUUCUGAUUGAGCCAAGUCCUAAAGGUGUUCGUCUGAAAGGAUGUUCUAAUGAACCCGUUUUUGGUACAUUAGCAGCACUUGUAUAUCAACAUUCAAUUACUCCUUUAGCUUUACCUUGUCGAUUAAUUUUACCUUCAAUCGACCCGGCAACAACACCAGAAAGUAUUAAUUCAAAUCAAGCUUUACUUGAACGUGGAGCUGCUUGUAACGUGACUUAUUUAUGUUCUGUUGACACCGAAAGUUUGACAGGCCCUGAAGCUGUCCGUCGAUCAACAGCAUUUGUUUUAAAAUUAUUAUUGAGGCAUGAACUUCGUGCUGUACCUAUACACAUAAAAGUAUCUGUGCAAGGAAUUACUUUAACUGAUAAUACUCGAACAUUAUUCUUUAGAAGACAUUACCCUGUUAAUUCUGUUACUUUUGCUGGUAUUGAUCCUGAGAAUAGAGUUUUUGACAAUAAUAAUGUUAUACAAUUACCUCCAACAUAUGUUAGACAGGCUCCAAUCUUUGGAUUUGUUGCUCACAAAAUUCCAGUUAAUGGAAAUGUAGAAAAUUCUUGUCAUAUGUUUGCUGAAUUGGACCCAGGCAUUUUAUAUUAGAUUAAAAAAAUAUUUUUUUUGAAAUUAAAGAUCAACCAGCUUCAGCUGUCGUUAGAUUUAUCACAAAUGUUAUGAUGCCUGCUGGACGUGUACAAUUACAACAAAGGCAUCAACAACAACAAAAUAAUAAUUAUAAUUUACAUUAGAAUACAUAGUCGGAUUUCAUUAUAUAAAAUACCCCUUAGUACUUCAUAGUGAAUCUAAGAGACACCUCUAUUUAAUAGACGUUUUUAAAAUUCUGUUUGAAGGAAGUUCUGGUUUGCCACUGGGUCGUAGAACUUUUAACCCUCUAUUUAAGCUACUCCUAUAUAAGAGACAAUUUUUUCAGCCCUAAGGGGGUAUCAUAUAAUGAGGAGUUUACAUUAGAGAUGGAGCUGGGUCUGGAAUAAGGCCUGGGUUUUUCCUGUACACAGAGUUCAGGCCCAGGCAUUUUGUAUCUUCCUGGCUUUUUCCUGGGCCUAGGUUUUUCCCGAACUAACGGGCCCAGGAUCCUGCCCAGGUUAAUAAAAACCCAAAACCCAGGAACAGGCUCAGGCUUUUCAAAAAUCUCGAUUUCAAGUU